CGGCGUUGUAAGGAGACGUCAUUUCCUGCGCGCCUUGUCGCCGUUGAGCGGGCCAAGAUGGCGUCGGCGAGGAGCCGUUGGCUGUGGCGCUCCUGCGCCUUUCUCGGACGGAGCUUUCCACUCUUCUCAACCGUGAGGACGCCAUGUGUGUCUGGAUUGAAGGCACCAUGGAAGAAAAUGGCAACUCUGGGGUUUGGAAUGACCUUGGCUGCUAUCCCUAUUGCACAGAAACACGAUCCGGGUUCUCUUAGCAAUGAAGCCUUGAUCCGAAGAGCAGUCUCCUUAGUAACCGACAGCACUGGGACCCUCCUUUCUCAAACAACUUAUGCAUUAAUUGAUGCUCUAACAGAAUAUACAACGGCAGUUUACACACUGGUGUCCCUGUACCAGAAAUACACGCAUCUCCUGGGGAAAAUGAAUUCCAAAGAAGAGGAUGCUGUUUGGCAAGUGAUCAUUGGGGCCCGAGUGGAGAUGACGACAAAGCAGCAGGAAUAUCUCAAAUUAGAAUCCAGGUGGAUGACUGCCCUGCGGCUUUCAGAGAUGGCAGCAGAAGCAGCCUAUCAGUCAGGGGCUGACCAAGCCUCAGUGUCAACACACAACCACAUUCAGCUAGUCAAGACCCAAGUCCAAGAAGCACGGCAGCUGUCCCAGAAGGCCGAAACCAAGUUGACUGAGGCUCAGACGGAGGAGCUCCUGAGGCUGAAGGAAGAGGCCCCUUUGCUACCAGCCCAUCAGCAGACCAGCACAGACGAGACUGAAGAAGCCUUCCUUCGUGAAGAUUGAGGGUUGCUGGUACGGACAUGAUCCUGCUUGAUGGGAAGGAAUGGCAGGAGGAUGGAGAAAUAGAUUCUCACUGCUACCUCUCUGGCUUUACCAACCUGGUUGGCUCUAGGCCUUGAGCUGUGAAUGUUCUGUUGCCCAUCGGUUUAAAUGCACAGCUUUACAAUAAUCUAUGAAGAGAUGGGUUUCUGGCUCUUGAGGGCUGAUUUGAGUUGAUCCAUCAGCCUCCAGAAUCUAUAGAGAUUAUUGCACGUUGUAAUCACUAAUGGUUGUGUCUUAUUUUUUGCCUUUUUAAAAAACAACAACAUAUGAAAAGUGCUGGUGUUGUGAAGAACUAAUGCUCUACCUGAAAUUUCAAAAAUUAGUUGUGGAAAUGUACAGUUUGGAGGAUAAGUGUCAUUUUUGUGUUGUUCUUUUUCUAAUGAUGUACUUGGGAUGAUUUUUCCCUGAACCAAAUUUUAAAAUA